AUUUUCUUUUGUUUUAUGAUAAGGCCAAUAUGAGAACCAUUUCUUUCCUGAUCCAUUUAUUUCUCAGUCUAAUUCUAAUACUGGGCUUUGUCAAACCCGACCCAGAUCCACUUCAAGACUACUGUGUUGCAAAUACAAACACUCCCCAAACCUUUUUCUACAAUGGUGUACCAUGCAUCAACCCAUCACUAGCAACACCAUCCAAUUUUGUCACAACUGCUCUAUCCAUACCCGGUAACACCAAAGGCAACCCGUUCGGGUUCAAUGUUACUCUGGCCAAUGUUAAAAAUCUGCCAGGGCUUAACACACUGGGCUUAACCAUGGCUAGAGUCGAUAUUGCAGGCAAUGGUCUUGUUCCACCUCACUCUCAUCCGCGAGCAUCAGAAGUAACCAUUCUGCUCAAGGGUUCACUCCUAGUCGGUUUCGUUGAUACCUCGAAUCGCCUUUUUACGCAACAAUUACGUUCCGGGGAUUCAUUUGUUUUCCCUAAAGGUUUGAUUCAUUUUCUAUUCAAUUUGGACUCUCAGAAUGCAGCGUUGUGUGUGUCUGGGCUGAGUAGCCAGAACCCUGGUGCACAAAUAGUGUCACUAGCCACUUUCACCUCAAAGCCAGCAAUACCAGACGAUGUUCUAAAGAAGGGGUUUCAGAUUACUGCCCAGGAUGUUCUUAAAAUUCGUAGGAACCUUGGAGGGUGAUUAUUAUACUUUUGAACUGCAUUUGAGUGAAUAAAAUGAUAAAAAAACAUGAUAUUUAAUCUUGGGAUUUAUGGUUGCUUAGAGAAAAAAUAUUGGGUGUAACUGUCACAGUAUGUCAACAGUGUCACGUGGUGUAACGAUUUAUUAAUAAAUAAAUAGAUCUGCU